UUGGGGCUGGAGGGAAAGCUCUGGGACCCGUCAGAGAGGCGCCGAGCAGCCCCCCCCAACCCCACCCCCUUCAGCCUCCGAUAAGCUGCAGCCCCAGGCAGUGGGUAAGGGGCAGCCAGGAGCGGUCGGUGGGGGGCAGCCCCCGGAGCUUGCCUGGGUAGGAGAGUGCCCAGCUGCGGGGCGUGGCUGGGACGUGGGGCGGAGUCCUUAUAAGGCCCAUGCCGCGGCGGGCCGGCCGCAGAACGAGCUCGUUUUGAUACAUCCAUCCUUCCCCAAUGGCUUCGAAACUCACGACGACCCCCGGCGAGAUUCUUCGCGAGGGGCAGCUGGAGAAGCGAAGCGACAGCCUGUUGCAGCUCUGGAAGAAGAAGCGCGGCGUGCUCACCGACGACCGCCUGCGCCUCUUCUCCCGGACCAGCGAGCGAGCUAAGGAGCUGCGCUUCCACUCCAUCCUCAAGGUGGACUGCGUGGAGCACACCCGCAAGCAUGUGUACUUCACCAUCGUCACCAUCGACUAUAAGGAGAUCGACUUCCGCUGCACCGAAGAGAGCUGCUGGAACGCGUUCAUCACCCUGGCGUUGAUCGAGUACCAGAACCGUCGGGCGUUGGAAGGCUUCCGCCGCCACCGUCUCCAGCCCAUCGCGUAUGAAGAGCAGGAGGAGUCCGAAGAGCCGCGCUCCCCGAGUCCGUGGUGAGUGCCGCCUUCGUCCGCACUGAGACCAGUCGAGCCGGGAACCAGCCCACGCGGCCGCGUCAAACAGGAUCCCAGGAGCCCAGGAGAUGCCCCGGGCGACGCGGCUACUGCUCUUCGCCGAAGAUUUUCCCGUGCUUGCUGAGCCUCGCCCCGCUGUGCGGGUGCGCUAACUUAUUGGACUGUAUUUAUCUUGAUGGUCUUCAACUGUCAACCCACCGUUCCGUUUUAAUAUUUUUUUAUACAGUAUUUUCAUUCCAAAUAAACAUUGCCAUUUAUCUUUUUUAA